AUGUCUAACCUUCCAUCUGAGCCUGAGUUCGAGCAAGCUUACAAUGAACUUGCCUCAACCCUCGAGGACUCCACUCUCUUUGAGAAGAACCCAGAAUACCGUACCGCCCUCAAAAUCGUUUCCAUUCCAGAACGAGUCAUCCAAUUCCGUGUCGUCUGGGAAGAUGACAAGAACCAAGUUCAAGUCAACCGUGGAUACCGUGUACAAUUUAACAGUGCUCUCGGACCAUACAAGGGAGGAUUACGAUUCCAUCCUACCGUCAAUCUCAGUAUUUUGAAGUUUUUGGGUUUCGAGCAAAUUUUCAAGAAUGCUUUGACUGGAUUAAACAUUGGAGGUGGCAAAGGAGGAGCCGAUUUCGACCCCAAAGGCAAAUCUGACAACGAAAUCCGCAGAUUCUGCGUUUCUUUCAUGCGCGAAUUGAGUAAGCACAUCGGAGCCGAUACCGAUGUACCAGCUGGUGAUAUCAACGUUGGAGGAAGAGAAAUCGGUUAUCUCUUCGGUGCCUACAAGGCUAUUUCAAACAAAUGGGAGGGAGUUCUUACCGGAAAGGGAGGAAGCUGGGGUGGUUCUUUGAUCCGACCCGAGGCUACUGGGUAUGGUCUCGUGUACUAUGUCAACCAUAUGAUCCAAUACGCAGGCCAAGGAUCCUUCCAAGGAAAGCGCGUCGCCAUCUCCGGAUCCGGAAAUGUCGCUCAAUACGCCGCUCUCAAGUGUAUCGAACUAGGCGCCACGGUUGUCUCACUCUCGGAUUCUCAAGGUUCCUUGAUCGCAGAAGGCGAUGCGUAUUUCACCCCGGAAGAUAUCGGAAAGGUCGCCCAGUUGAAACUCAACAGACAAUCCCUCACCACCUUCGGGCACGCUGGAAAAUACAAGUACAUCGCGGGUGCGCGACCAUGGAUCCACGUCACAGUCGACGUUGCACUUCCAUGCGCCACCCAAAAUGAAGUCAGCAAAGAAGAAGCCGAGGCUCUGGUCGCCAACGGCACGAAAUACAUAGCCGAGGGUUCCAACAUGGGCUGCACCAAAGAAGCCAUCGAUAUCUUCGAGGCAGACCGCAAGGAGAAGAAGACAGACGCCAUCUGGUACGCACCGGGCAAGGCGGCCAAUGCGGGUGGAGUGGCGGUUUCCGGUCUGGAGAUGGCGCAGAAUAGUGCGCGCAUUAGUUGGACUCAGGAGGAGGUCGAUGAGAAGUUGAAGGAGAUUAUGAAGAAUGCUUUUGAGAACGGGUUGGAGACGGCGAAGAAAUAUGUGGAGGCCAAGGAGGGUGAAUAUCCUUCUUUGGUGGCGGGCUCAAAUAUUGCUGGCUUUGUUAAGGUGGCCACGGCUAUGCAUAAUCAUGGUGAUUGGUGGUAG